AUGACCAAAGCACUUGUCGCCACCGUGCUCCUCGCGCUGAUGGUGUCGGCCGCAGUUGCCACACCCCUGACGAAGGCUGAGGGCCGCCGCCUGAUGCAGCGCGGCGGCGGCAUUGAUGGCGGCAUACAGACGCAAGACAUCCUGUCGGAGAAUGACGCCGCCGCCGGCAUUCAGCAGGCCGUCAGCAGUGGCAACGCGUACCAGGCCACUGAGGACGGCUUCAGGGACGCGUACGGCGCCACCUUGUGA